AUGGCAGAAAAUCGAACACUGAGAGAACUUACAGCCCCUAACUUGAACCAACAGCCGUUGUGCAUUGCAUAUCAGCAAUUGGAGGAAGGUACUAAUGUUGAGAUCAAAUCUGGUCUAAUACAUCUAUUGCCGGCAUUCCAUGGCAUGAAGGGUGAAGAUCCGAAUAAACAUCUGGCAGAAUUUCAUGUGGUAUGUACCAGCAUGAAACCGAUUGGGAUGACUGACGAGCAAAUUCAGUUGAGAGCAUUUCCUUUCUCUCUCAAGGAUGCAGCGAAGGAUUGGUUUUACUAUCUUCCCCCAGCAAGUGGAGGAGGGCUAGUGAAUAAGACUCCAGGAGAUGCAACUAGGCUGAUUGCAGAGCUAGCAGAAAAUUCUAGGCAAUUCAGUCAGAGAACUCCCACGCGCCGGGUGAAUGCAGCAAAUUCAAAUACGUCUGAGUUAGAAAGUCAAGUAGCUGAUUUGACUUCUAUGAUGCGUGAGUUCAUGGUGAACUCAAGGAAUCCGCAGCAACUGAAUGCUUGUGGUAUAUGCACCUCCAUGGGACAUUCCACUGAUGCAUGUCCUCAAUUACAAGAGGAGCAGAAUGAGCAAGCAAAUGCAAUGGGUUUCCAAGGGCAAGGUCCUCAGAGAAGAUAUGAUCCCUAUUCAAAUACAUACAAUCCAGGAUGGAGGGAUCAUCCAAAUUUGAGAUAUGGGAACUCCCAAGGGAACCAACAACAACAAAAUGCUCAAGGCCAGCAACAGUAUCAGCAAUAUAGGGCACCAUUACCCAAACCUCAAGGCCAAAGCUCAAAUUCGAAUAAUAUGUCAACUGAAGAAAUGAUUAGAUCAUUAACUUCUAAUGUUUCUACUAUGCAGCAAAAUAUGGUGCAAUUUCAGCAAGAAACCAGAUCAAGUAUUCAAAACCUAGAGAAUCAAUUUAGUCAAAUCUCUAGUGCAGUAAGCCGACUUGAAGCUAAGGACUCUGGAAAGCUUCCAUCUCAAACGGAGCUGAAUCCUAAGAAACAGGUCAAUGCAAUAACAUUGAGAAAUGGCAAAGAGUUGCAAGAAACUGCAGUUGCAACUAAGAGGGCUAAAGACUUGAUUGGAACUGAAGAGCAAGAAGUAGAACAUGAAGCUGUGGCGAAUCCACCAACUUUUCCCUCUUAUGAACCCACACCACCUUUCCCUGAAGCCUUGCAAGAUACUCGAAGGUAUGAGAAAGACAAGGAUAUUUAUGAGACUUUUAGCAAAUGUGAGUUAAAUAUUCCCCUCUUGAAUGUGAUUAAAAGUAUUCCUCGUUUUGCUAAGUUUAUGAAAGAACUGUGUACUAUCAAGAGAAAGCAUAGGUUGGGAGGAAAAGAGAAGGUAAAGGUGAGUGCUCAUGUUUCUGCGGUUUUCCAAAAGAAAAUCCCAGAAAAAUGUGGUGAUCCUGGUAUGUUUAUUGUUCCUGUUACAAUAGGAGACACCACAUUGCACCGAGCUAUGUUGGACCUAGGUGCAUCAAUCAAUGUCAUUCCCUACUCCCUGUUUAAAUCUUUAAAACUUGGACCUUUACAUGGAACUGGGGUAGUGAUUCAGUUAGCGGAUAGGUCUGAUGUGUAUCCUAAGGGGGUGGUGGAAGAUGUGUUGGUUAAGGUUGAUGGUUUGAUUUUUCCUGCUGACUUUUAUGUGCUUGACAUGGAACAUGACAAACAAGCAGUCCCCAUCUUGUUAGGAAGACCUUUCUUGAAGACUGCUAAAACAAAAAUCGAUGUGUCUACCGGUUCCUUGACUAUGGAGGUUGAUGGGAAAGCAAUUGGGUAUAACAUUUAUGAUUCCAUAAAGUAUCCUGUCAACACUCAUUCUUUAUGUUCUCUUAAUGUUGUCGAUCCAAUGGUGCAUGAUGUUCCUAACAAUGAUCGUGGGGAUGAGUUCCUCACACCUAUAACUAAUGUUGUAUCUGGUGAUUGCUUGGAUUUCUCUAUGCCUACUAAUGUGCAGGUGAAGGUGGGGGAAUUUAAUGAACAUUCCAAGCUUCCACCUAUACCACCAGGUUCAACAAUCGGCCCGUCUGCAAUUCCGGGCAAGAAAUUGUCCCAUUUAUACCACAAAGCAAAGAAUAGGUUGUGGCAUGACAAGAUGAUUGCUAGGAAGAAGGUGGAGGCCUUGGGAGCAAUUUCUAUGCGCGAAACGCAGCAAAAACAGAGCAAAACAGAGACAAGGGGGGCCUUCCCUGCAGAAGCCGCUGGCAGCUGCUCUGCAGCCGCUACCAGCGGGUCUUCUUGCAGCCCAAACCCCUUUGUUUCUGUCCCAGCCGCUGGUAGCUGCUCCUGA